AUGUCUCCAACUGUCGAUAACGGGCACUUCAAUCAACCGACGACCCACAAGGUCGUGAAGCAGCACAAUGGGAAUGGUGUUCACACAUCCAGCACUACCAAUGGUCAAUUGACUUCAGCAUCGCUUAUCAGUAUGGAGCAUGAAUACGGCGCUCACAAUUAUCAUCCGUUACCGGUAGUAUUCGACUCCGCGCGAGGGGCAAAGGUAUGGGACCCGGAAGGCAAAGAAUACAUCGACAUGUUGUCCGCGUACUCGGCUGUCAACCAGGGUCAUUGUCACCCAAAGAUAGUUGCUACUCUAGUAGAGCAGGCACAGAAACUCACUCUGUCAUCUCGUGCCUUCUACAAUUCUGUCUUUGGGAGGUUCGCGCAGCAGAUUACACAAAUGUUCUCUUACGAAAGUGUUCUCCCGAUGAAUACCGGUGCCGAGGCCGUCGAGACUGCUGUCAAGCUUGCUAGGAAAUGGGCUUACCUUAAGAAGGGUGUGCCGGACGGCAAAGCUAUUGUGCUCAGUGUUGCAGGAAAUUUCCACGGAAGAACCCUGGGGGUUAUUAGGAUAAUGACGAAAUCAUGUGUCAUCCGCUACGGAGAGAUUUCGGAUCUAGAACGUGCUCUCGAACUUCAUGGAAAAAACGUGGCUGCGUUUUUGAUAGAGCCAAUUCAAGGGGAGGCAGGAAUUGUCGUCCCACCCAGGGGUUACUUUGCUAAAGUUCGGGAGCUCUGCACCAAACACAAUGUCCUCCUUAUCUGCGAUGAGAUCCAGACUGGGUUGUGCAGGACGGGCAAGAUGCUGUGUUGUGAGCACGAAGGCAUUCGGCCGGAUAUGGUCCUGCUCGGCAAGGCACUGUCGGGUGGAGUGUACCCCGUUUCGGCGGUUCUCGCGGACCGAGAGGUCAUGCAUUGCAUCCAGCCUGGAGAACACGGCAGCACAUACGGCGGGAACCCCCUGGGAUGUGCUGUCGCUAUGACAUCCCUGCGUGUCCUCGUAGACGAGAAGCUCGCUGAUCGUGCCCAAGAAGUCCGGGGCAGAGGACUUCUCAAUGCUGUGGUUAUCGACGAAGAGAAGAGCUCUAAAGGCCGCACCGCAUGGCAAUUCUGCUUAUUACUGAAGAGCCGAGGUGUUCUCGCGAAGCCAACCCAUUGCAACAUUGUCCGUUUUGCUCCUCCGUUGGUGAUACUCGAAGAGGACCUUCGAAAGGCCAUCAGAAUCAUCGGGCAAUGCCUUUCUGACCUUGACCAACUUGACGACAUCCCAGGAGAAGUCGAGAGUGAGAAAGGUUUCAAAGAGAUGCUUGACAACUGA